GAUUUCAGGGUAGCCAUACAAGUUCAUCGAAUUUAAAUCAGAAUUGCUUUUUUCUAUACGUAAAUACUUCAAACUCCUUGUGCGAUGGGUUUAUGUUUGUCCUGCUGCAGAGGAUCAUCGGAAGAAUUACUGACUCCAGAUGCGGAACUCAGACGAAAGCAACAACUUGAUGCAGCAGAAAGACGACGUGUACAGAACGAAACAAGAGGAAUUAAGGAUCCUGAAAAAGUGCGUCGCAUGCAACAGAAGGCACAAGAAACUGAAAAACGUGAACAGGAAGCUGCAAAAAUGGGAAAUACUCAGCCUGUAUUGACUUGGCAACAAGACUGAAAAUUUAGCUACAUUUCUUUUGGUUUCUAUAUUCAACAAAGCAUCUGAUCAUCAAACUUAAAGUAUUGAAAAAUACACUUUUUAUGUCAUAUUUGUAAUCAUUAUUAUUAAGAUCUUUGUGAUACACUGUUGAAAACUGAUUGAAAUAUACUUAAUUGAUAUUUA